GUUGGACUUUCUAUUUAAUACUGUCAAUGUUGUGUAUUGAAGAAUAUUAAAAUGAAAAAGACUAAUAGCAAGGGUCAAACAUAUGCUUCCAGUCAAGAAGACAGUGAAAAUGACAGUGAUGAAACUGAAUGUAGUAUUGGUAGUAAUUCAACAGCUGGUACUCAUCGUAGUGAUACACCUACCCGCAGUGCUCGUUACAGAAGAAAAGGUCGACGUAGAAGCAAAACUGUAAAAUACAAAUCUUGCAUAGAUAAACCCCUUUAUAAAUAUUGCUGUAGUGUUAAAGAAGAUCAUGGGCAACCAUUGUUUGGAGUACAGUUUAAUCACCAUUUAAAAGAAGGUGAACCAUUAAUAUUUGCUUCCGUGGGAAGUAAUAGAGUAAGCAUUUAUGAAUGUCCAGAAGGGGGUAAUAUUAGACUACGCCAGUGUUAUGCAGAUCCUGAUCCUGAAGAAAAUUUUUACACUUGUACAUGGACUUACGAUGAUUCUGGCAAACCGCUGUUAGCAGUGGCAGGAUCACGUGGUGUUGUUAGAGUCAUUAGUCCAGUAACUAUGACAUGCAUUAAACACUACAUUGGGCAUGGUCAUGCAAUAAAUGAAUUAAAAGUUCAUCCUAAAGAUCCAAAUAUAUUACUCUCAGCGUCAAAGGAUCAUGCUCUUAGGCUAUGGAAUAUAAAAACUGAUGUGUGUAUAGCGAUUUUUGGUGGUGUUGAAGGUCACAGAGAUGAAGUUUUAAGCGCAGAUUUUGAUAUGAAAGGUGAACGUAUCAUUUCAUGUGGCAUGGAUCAUGCUUUGAAAUUAUGGUCACUAGAUAAGCCGGAUAUGCAAGAAGCAAUAAAACAAUCUUAUUACUGUAAUCCUAGUCGUAAUGGAAGACCUUUUGAUUCUAUACUUCAACAUUUUCCAGACUUCACUACGCGUGAUGUACAUCGUAAUUAUGUUGAUUGCGUCAAAUGGUACGGUGACUUCAUUUUAAGUAAAUCUUGCGAAAACUGUAUUGUGUGCUGGAAACCAGGACGUCUCGAAGAUUCUCAACUACGUAACGGAGAAACAAGUGCCACUGUUCUACAUCGAUUUGAAUUCAAAGAAUGUGAUAUAUGGUUCAUACGAUUUUCAAUGGAUUUCUGGCAACGCACAAUAGCUUUAGGAAAUCAAGUUGGCAGAACAUAUGUAUGGGAUUUAGAAGUUGAUGAACCUGGACAAGCACGUUGUUAUUCACUUCAGCAUCCUAGAUGCACUGCACCUAUUCGUCAAACAAGUUUAAGUAGAGAUGGCUCAGUUUUAUUAUGUGUUUGUGACGAUGCCACUGUAUGGAGAUGGAAUCGUGAACAUUAA